AUGGUGGUGGCGGUACACUUAUGGCAUAUCCAGCUUCAGAACAAGGUGAUUAAGUUCUGGUGCGACAACCAGGCAGUGGUGCAGGUGGUUAACAAGCUCAUCUCGAGGUCUCCUUUAGUCAUGAGACUGGAGCCCUUCGACCCUGCAAAUCCAGAGGGCUGGGAGUCCUACUCGGAACGGGUCGAGUUCUACCUCCGGGCCAACAAGAUCACCGACGCCGGAGCAAAGAGGGAUGUUCUCCUGAGCGUAUGCGGGCCUGCCACGUUCGAGAUCGCAAAGGGUCUCUCGGCGCCCGCCCGCCUGGCGGAGAAAUCCUACGAGGAGAUCAUCAGACUCCUCACGGGCCACUUCUUGCCGCAGCCCUCACGGGUGGCUCGCAGAUUCCUGUUCCACAGGAGGGACCAGGCGGCAGGAGAAUCAGCCGCCGACUAUCUGGCAGCCCUCCGCAAGAUCGCCGGGAACUGCAACUUCCCCCAGCUGGAAGACACCCUGGCCGACCGAUUCACGUGGGGCCUCCACGACGAGAGGCUCCAGCAGAAGCUCUUCGCCAAAGAAGAGCUCACCCUCCAGAGCGCCUUCAGCGAAGCGGGGUGCCUACUAUGGGGAAGUAGGGUGGUGAUUCCGCCCCCGCUGCAAAGGCGUGUUCUAGAAUCCCUCCAUGAGACCCACCCCGGCAUAGUUCGUAUGAAGGCCCUGGCCAGAAGCUACGUCUGGUGGCUGGGAAUGGACGGGGAAAUAGAGAGUUGGGUCCGCAGGUGCCAGACGUGCCAGGAGUCGCGGCCCGAGCCUCCCAGCGCCCCCGCCACUAGGUGGGAGUCCACCAGGAAACCAUGGUCGAGACUCCACCUCGACUUCGCGGGGCCAUUCCAGGGGCAGAUCUUCAUGAUAAUUGUGGACGCCUACACCAAGUGGCUCGAGGUCAUCCCCGUAGGGUCCACCUCGUCCGCAGCCGCAAUCCGAGCAUUAUGCAGGGUCUUAAGCACACACGGUAUCCCGGACACCAUAGUCUCGGACAAUGGGGCCGCUUUCACGUCCGCAGACUUCCAGGCGUUCCUCCAGCGAGCGGCAUUCCUAUUCGACAAUAGGAUCACCCCCAACCCGGUCACAGGGGUUAGCCCGGCCGAGCUCCUCAUGGGACGAAAGCUCAUAACCCGGCUGGACAGACUACAC